UGAAGCUUUUCGCGCUCUCUUUGACUCACAGCGUACAGUGAGAUUUCGCACCGUCAGAAAAACCAGGGCUUCCUAUGUAUUUCCGAGGAAAUCCAUCCCGCCGUUGGCUGAGCUGAGUCAUUUCUAACUUUGCUGGGGAAUCUCAUUGAGGAUUUGCAGUUGUUCAACAUGACGGUUCGUCUAUCGCGGAUCCAACUGGCCCUGUUCUUCAUCCUGCUCUGCCCGGUCAACAUCAUCGGACUGUGGUGGGCAGUGGGAAGCCCACUGGUGAUGGACCCCAACAGUAUCUGCAGGAAGGCGAAGCGUCUGGCGGGGAAGCAGGCUGAGCUGUGUCAGACUCAGCCAGAAAUCGUCAACGAAGUGGCCAAAGGAGCCAGACUGGGUGUCAGGGAGUGCCAGUACCAGUUCAGGUACCGCCGGUGGAACUGCACCAGCCACAACAAAUACUUUGGCAAAAUACUGCAGCAAGAUAUUCGGGAGACGGCGUUUGUUUACGCCAUUACAGCAGCCGGCGUGACCCACGCUGUGACCCAGGCCUGCAGUAUGGGAGACCUUCUGCAGUGUGGCUGUGAAGCCACCAGGAACAGAGCACCUCCAAGGCCACCGUCGUCGUCGUCGCCCUCCUCCUCCCCCUCCUCCUCCUCCUCCUCUUCCUCUUCUUCUUCUUCUUCUUCUGGAGAUGGAGUCAAGUGGGAGUGGGGGGGCUGUGGAGAUGAUGUGGAGUUUGGUUAUGAAAAGUCGAAACAGUUUAUGGAUGCGAAGAGGAGAAGAGGCAAGAGUGACAUCAGGACACUCAUUGACCUGCACAACAAUGAGGCCGGGCGUCUGGCAGUGAAGCUCUACAUGCGGACGGAGUGCAAAUGCCACGGACUGUCAGGCUCAUGCACCCUGCGCACGUGCUGGAAAAAGAUGCCUCAUUUCCGCGAGGUCGGCGACCGUCUGCUGGAGCGGUUCAACGGAGCCUCCAAGGUUAUGGGUGGCAACGACGGCAAAACCCUGAUCCCUGUUGGCCAGAACAUAAAGCCUCCGGAUAAGCAGGAUCUGAUCUACUCAGACGAGUCACCCGAUUUCUGCAUCGCAAAUCGGAAAACGGGUUCACUGGGGACGCGGGGACGCAUGUGCAACAGCACAGCCAUGGACAUCAGCGGCUGUGAUCUGCUGUGCUGCGAGCGAGGCUACCGGGAGGAAACGGUGGUGUUUGAGGAGAACUGUCUGUGUCGUUUCCACUGGUGCUGUGUGGUCCAGUGCAAGAAGUGCUUGGUCCGAAAAGACCUUAGUCUCUGUCACUGAUGAACUGAUGAGAAGGGGGCGCUCACUACGACGUAGUUCAUUCUGAUUACUUCUGGUGUUCAGGUGUUUUCUUUAGUUUGGGUUGUUUGAAAGAAGCAAAGAGGGACUUCUUUUUUUUUUGGUGAUACUGAUUUUUUUUUUGCACCACUCACGAUCAGACGAUGCCCCCAAAAUUUGAUUUUCAGACAGUAUUUGACUUCCAGAACGUCCUGGUUUGCUGGCCUAAAGGUUCACAAGGUGCAAGAGCGUAAACAGAACCAUGUGGAACCAAUGGAAAGAGGGACGAAAAGAAGUAAUACUAUAAAGAGUUUCUUAUUCUCUGAGCUACCUAUUUUUUAGUUCUAGUUUAUGAAAAAGGACCAAAGAAUGUGAAAAUAUGUUUUCCAUCUAACCGGAGGGGAGAUGAUACCGAGAGGACCAGGCUACCAGAUGUAUUUUUUGUCUCCUUCUUCAACAACAACAACAAACAUGUAGUGAUCCACCUGAUUUAAUUAUAUAACUGUGUGAAGUAUAUGAAACCUGUUAGGUCUCUGAAAGUUUUCCAGGAACUCUAUGGUAUUAAAAGUCCUUCAGAGACUGUCGUCUAUCCGCAGGACGCUGUGGCAUUUUUUGAGUUUCUUUUCUUAAGUUGUCGUCUCCCACAAUCUUGCAAACAAACACUUUCUCAUGUACAUAAAAGGGAAAAUGGGAAAUUAUAUCAUGUUAUCAUUUUUUUUUUUUUUUUUUUGAAGAUUAACGUCAACGCCAUGUUCUGCAGGUGUGAACUUAGCCUGUCAGCAAAGACAGUUAUUUAUAUAAAGAUGACAAGACUACUCACUCCAUCUCCCUCUCAGAAGCACUUUGGAUGUGAUGGCUGCCAUGGACUUCCUUAAUAAGUUUGGCAACAAGAUAC